CAUUGAAAACAUUUUCAUUUUCAUUUUCAGUCCUGCACUUCCACUCAGUCACUAUCAUCAUCUCAUCAUCAUCAUCAUGCAACCGGAAAACUCUGAACUCUACCGCUUUCUCGCCCAAAACAGCGUCGGCUACUUCGGCUUUCCUGGUGCUCCUUCUCAUGACUUCUCUAAUCAUCCUCUGCUUCACCAGCAGCAGAGUUUCUGUAGCUCCUCCUCCUCCUAUUACCCCUUGGAGGUCUCUGGAAUUACCGAUACCACACCGCAGGAUAGAGCUCUUGCCGCUUUGAACAAUCAUAAAGAAGCUGAGAAGAGGAGAAGGGAGAGAAUUAACUCUCAUCUCGACAAGCUUCGGACUAUUCUUCCCUGUAAUUCUAAGAUAGACAAAGCUUCACUCCUGGCAAAGGUGGUUCAACGCGUGAAAGAACUUAAACAACAAACGCUUGAACUCACAGACCUCGAAUCCUUCCCAUCAGAAACCGAUGAAAUCACUGUGCUUUCGGGAGAUUACUCCAGCGAUGGAAGAUUGAUCUUCAAGGCCUCUUUGUGCUGCGAGGAUCGCUCUGAUCUUUUACCGGACAUUAUUGAGAUACUAAAAUCUCUUCACUUAACCACAUUGAAAGCAGAAAUGGUUACAUUAGGAGGAAGAAUCCGUAAUGUUCUCAUCGUCGCAGCCGAGAAAGAUCACAGCAUUGAAUCAGUCCAUUUCUUGCAAAAUGCACUGAAAUCUUUGCUUGAAAGAUCUAAUUCUAGCGAUCGCUCUAAAAGGAGACGAGUAUUAGAUCAGAAGAUAAUGAUCUAAUUUUUAUUUUUUUUUUUGCUCAUUUUUCUUCAGUUUUUAUCUUCAUGUUUCAAUCCAUGGUCUAGUGUGUGUGAGCUGCUUGUAGUUCUACGUGUGUGGGUUAAUUUGUUUGUUUUAUUUAACCCAAGAUAAAAGAAAUAGAAAGAUAAAAGAAAGAAAAAAAAAAAAGUGAGAGUGGCAGUGUGGGUUUGUUAAUUAACUUUGUCUAGCUAGGGUUUUUAAUUAUUGUAAAAUAAUAUUCUCUACAUGAUCUGAAUAUCUUCCAUGGGUAAAAAGUAAGAGAAUCUAAGAAUCUCUCUGUGAUGAAGACGAAGAAAUUUGUACCUGAUGUGUCUGUAAAAGUAAUGUUUCUACGAGUUCCCAAGUUGGCUCAUUUUAUAUAUAAAACUAGCCUAUUGUUCACUUCGUUCA